AUGAUUCUUCAAGAUAUUGUGAUAUUUCUUCUCUAUGUCGGACACCAGUCUCACACCCCAGCGUUCUGGCUCAGAGCCCUGGGAGCGGGCGUGUGUGUUGCACUAUGCACCCUGUUCAUCACUUUCACCAUCUCCCUGCUCCGGGUGCUGCUUGUUUCCCGCCAGUUGGUGUCCCUAUCCGACAAGUCCCAAACAGUCAUCGGGAAACCGCUCUUCUUCCCCUUCACCUUCAACCACCUGCGCUUCACACCCGCAAAAGACCGAUUCAGCAACCGGUUCCUUCUUCUAGGAACCCCAGUAGGACUGCGAUGUCGGAUCGGAAAUAUCCUUGCUGUGGACGACAAGUCUCUUGACUUGGACUGUCCUCCAGGCGAGGGACUCACCUGGAACCGGAUCCUGUCGCAUCUGAGCUGCUGGUUCAGCUCCGAUUCAAAACGCUAUCUUCACCGUGGGAGCCACGAACUUGAUCUCCGCGAGAAGCUUGACGAGUUCUUAAUAUCCCAGAACCAAGACCCCACCCACUGGCCAUACGCCUACCACCUGGGCGUCCCCAAAUUCCUAGGCUGGGCCCGCGGCAUCGUAACAUGGUGGUACCUCUACGACUCUUCCCGUGAACUCGACGCCAUGAUUAUCGAAAUCAACAACUCCUACGACGAGAAACGAAACGUCCUCUUCAAACUCAACCGCGUCUCCGACGCUCCCACCCACCCAUUACAACUCCCCACCUACCUCGACCCCCUCCACCAAGUCCAAUCCUUCCCCUCCAACCCCCAAUCCACAUUCUACAAAGGCAUCUUCACAAAACGCAUCUUCGCCUCCUCCUUCGAGCAGAUGGACAUCCAAGUCACGACGCGAUUCAUGGAUCCCUUACAUCCUGAGUCGUGGAGGCUGAACGCGCCGUUCUCAAAUAUGACGACGCUCGGAGAUGCAGGCGAGGUCAGGAUGACCACGAGAAUGACAUGCGCGGAGAAGCCGAUUGAUCCGACGGAGUUGACGACCUGGGAGUUGUUGGGGUUUCUGUGUCGGUGGACGCUGCCCGGGGUGUUUACGACGUUGUCGAUUGUGUCGACGGCGCUGAGGAUUCGGUUUACCGGGCUGAUGCGCAUGAUGAGUAAACCGCCGGUGAGGACGGGGAGUAUUGGGCGCCAUGUGACGGGGUCGGAGUUAUUCUACCUAACGCAUCUCAUCUCCCUCCACACCCGCCCCCCAUCGAACUAA